AUGACCGACCGUAUGGGGACCGCGACCGACCGCCACGAGGUGAAGCCAGACGGGGAGGGCGCUCCCACCCAGGCGGGCGCUGGCGACGCCGCGAAGUAUGCGGGCCGCGGGGUCUCCGCGGACAAGGGCGACGUGCACGCGGCGAUCGCGAGCUUGGACAAGGGCCUGUACCCCAGGGCGUUCUGCAAGGUGGUUCCCGACCACAUAGGCGGCAGCGAAGACCACUGCAUCGUGAUGCACGCGGACGGGGCGGGCACGAAAUCGUCCCUCGCCUACGCGUACUGGCGGAGGACAGGGGACCUCUCGGUGUGGCGUGGUAUCGCCCAGGACGCGCUUGUGAUGAACCUCGACGACCUCAUCUGCGUUGGCGCUUGCGGGCAGGACCCAAUCAUGCUCUCCAGCACGAUAGGCCGCAACAAGCACCUGGUCACUGGCGAGGUGAUAUCCGCCAUCAUCGGCGGCACCGAGAGCCUCUUAUCUCCGGAGCUGAAGGAGCAUGGGGUGAACAUCGUGUCCACUGGCGGGGAGACUGCGGACGUUGGUGAUCUCGUUCGGACUCUCAUUGUGGACUCCACUGUCACGGCACGUAUGCGCCGCAGCGACAUCAUAGACAACAGCAAUAUACAAGAGGGCGACGUGGUUGUUGGCUUGGCCUCGUUCGGGCAGGCCACCUAUGAGAGGGAGUACAACAGCGGCAUGGGCAGCAAUGGACUCACCGCAGCUCGACACGACGUGUUCCGGAAAGAGCUGGCCACCGAAUUCCCACAGACCUACGACCCCGGCUUAGCAUCCGAGCUGGUGUAUUGUGGGCAGCUGGACCUGGAGGACACCGUCGACAUCGGUGGUGGUCACAAGGUCACGGCCGGCAAGAUGGUUCUGUCCCCUACCCGCACGUACGCCCCGAUCAUCGCGCGGGUGCUGGCAGAGUGCCGGCCAAAGGUGCACGGCAUGGUGCACUGCAGCGGGGGCGGCCAGACGAAGAUCUUGCAUUUCCUGGGCCGGGGCCUGCACGUGGUCAAGGACAACCUGUUCCGGGUGCCCCCUUUGUUUCAAAUCAUACACGAACAGGGCGGUACGCCGUGGCAGGAGAUGUACAAGGUGUUUAACAUGGGGCACCGGAUGGAAAUCUACACUGACGGGAGCACUGCUGCGAAGAUCAUUGAGAUCGCCCACUCGUUUGGUGUGCAGGCGCAGGUGGUCGGCCGCGUGGAGGCCUUGCCCACGAAUGGCGGCGAAGAAGGGCUGAGAGCACGGUGUACCAUUAAGUCCGAGCUCGGCGAGUUUGUAUAUGAAUCGUGA